AUGUGGGCAAAGCCAGGGCCAAAGCCUUUUCAAUGGCUUGUCUUGGGUUCCCAUUUCAAAUGGCCCCGCUGGCCGCGGCCAGCGUCCAUUUGGCUGAGGCGAACACCGAGCCGAGAUGGAGAGCCUUCAAAUGCAUACGUUUGGAACGCCCUGAUCGACCGCGAGAAAGCACGCAUUGAUAGGAACUUCAGCGAGGCAGACCGAGUGCGGGACUCUCUGCGAGAGCGAGGCAUCGAGAUCUAUGAUCGUGAGAGGCGCUGGGAGAUCUGGAGUUUGCAGACCUUGCUCAUCUCCGGCAACAAGUCACUGAUUGCCUGGCGGGCUGUUCGCGUGGUGAGGCUGCCUGGACAGGGCGAUGGCCCCAAGGCGACCUGCACGAUCAAUGAGCCGGUGAAGGCGAAGGGGCGACGAUCCAAGUUCCCUCUCAUCCACGGCCACGGAUCACAGAUGUGCUUCGGUGACUGCAAGUGGGGAGAUGUGAUUCCUGGUGGCCUGCAGGACGGAGAGCAAUGGAGUACCGACUUAUCCAAGGAGGACGCAGAGGCCGUAGUCCCGAAGCUCCCCGAGGGCAACACCUCUGCAGAGUCGCUCUUCAGCAUGGAGGCGCUUGGGGUGCUUCCGCCCCUGGAUCGAGGUUGGAAGCCAAAGUCGGAGGCGAUCCAGAAGGGCAAAUCCAUGUGGCUUACUCACAACACCGCAGCGGAUUGGAUCUACAACAUGACCGAAGACAAGUACUUCCACCUUCCUUCCAAGAGCUUCUGGGAGAAGCGACCUCUCGAGUCCCAAGAUCCAAAGGCGCCGCCCUACACCUACGUGCGCAUGGACGCCUUCCACUUGCAGGCCCUCCGGCACUUCGCCGCGUCUUUGGAAACCGCUGCCCUGCCCUUGGCCUGGAAAUCCUGGACGCUCUUCGUGAGGAAGAAGAAGGUGGCGGUCCAGAUCGCCGCUGAGGCGCCCACGGUGGAGGAAGUGCCCACCUCCGCAGGAGCAGGGCCUCAUGUGGACGAGAAUCUGCAACUUCCCUCGGAGCAUGAAGAGUCCAGGUCUGAAGCAACAGAGGUCGAAGAUGCGAAGGAACCGGAAGGUGAGGAGCCGACACAAGAGACGCCCGCGCCGGUGCCGGCGCCACUUCCAGAGGUCCGGCAGAGCGCGGUGACAACCCCUAGCCGCAAGCCGAAACGAGGCUUUUGCGGCUGCCUGCGCGCCAGUCCGGUGGAGUCGGAUGAAGAAUCAGAGGAGGCGACUUUGCUGCCUGCCAGCGAACCCGAGAUGCCAAAGCCGAUCUCGGAGAUGAGCACCAUCACCGUGGUCACGCCGCAGGAGCGCGCCUCUGACACCUCCAGCCACGCUGGUCCGUGGCCCCAUCCGUGUAAGCCCUCAGAAGGAGACACCCACGACACCAGCGGCGGUUCCAAAACCGGAGGAGUUGAUCUCCGGUUUCGCCUUCAACCCCUUUGCUUUGUGCUUUUGAACACCAGCGUGGCCCAGGGCGGCGUCCAGAUUGGCAAUGCUUGCUGGGAGCUCUUCUGCUUGGAGCAUGGCAUCCAACCUGAUGGUCAGAUGCCUUCGGACAAGACGAUCGGAGGGGGGGAUGACGCAGCAUUUAACACUUUCUUCAGCGAGACUGGAGCGGGCAAGCACGUGCCCCGUUGUGUGAUGGUCGACCUCGAGCCGACGGUCGUUGACGAAGUGCGCACGGGCACCUAUCGUCAGCUUUUCCACCCGGAGCAGCUCAUUUCAGGCAAAGAAGAUGCCGCGAACAACUUUGCACGCGGGCACUACACCAUCGGCAAGGAGAUUGUGGACUUGGUUUUGGAUCGAAUCCGCAAGUUGGCCGACAAUUGCACCGGAUUGCAGGGCUUCUGCGUGUACAACGCCGUCGGCGGCGGCACAGGAUCCGGCCUGGGCUGCUUGAUGUUGGAGCGCUUGUCCGUGGACUACGGCAAAAAGAGCAAAAUCUCCUUCACAGUUUGGUCGUGUCCGCAGGUGGCAACUGCAGUGGUAGAACCCUACAACACAGUGUUGUGCGUUCAUUCUUUGCUCGAGCACACGGACGUGACAAUCAUGUACGACAAUGAGGCGUUGUACGACAUUUGUCGCAGGAACCUGGACAUUGAGCGCCCGACCUACACGAAUCUCAACAGGCUGAUCGCUCAGAUCAUCAGCUCCUUGACGGCGAGCCUGAGGUUUGAUGGGGCUUUGAAUGUGGACAUCACGGAAUUCCAAACAAAUCUUGUCCCUUACCCGCGAAUCCACUUCAUGCUCACCUCCUUCGCACCCGUGAUCUCCGCAGAGAAGGCAUACCAUGAGCAGCUCUCUGUGGCUGAGAUCACCAUGUCCGUGUUUGAGCCUGCCUCGAUGAUGGUCAAGUGCGAUCCUCGCCACGGCAAGUACAUGGCUUGCUGCAUGAUGUACCGUGGAGAUGUUGUACCAAAGGACGUGAACGCGGCGGUUGCCACCAUCAAGACCAAGCGCACCAUCCAGUUUGUGGACUGGUGCCCCACUGGCUUCAAGUGUGGCAUCAACUACCAACCGCCCACGGUGGUGCCUGGUGGUGAUUUGGCCAAGGUCAUGCGUGCGUGCUGCAUGAUUUCCAACAGCACGGCCAUCGCCGAAGUCUUCUCCCGCAUCGACCACAAGUUCGAUCUGAUGUACAGCAAGCGUGCUUUCGUCCACCACUACGUGGGGGAGGGCAUGGAAGAGGGCGAGUUCUCCGAGGCACGCGAAGAUUUGGCGGCCCUGGAGAAGGACUACGAGGAGGUUGGCAUCGAGACGGCCGAAGGGGAAGGCGAAGAGGAAGGCGCGCGCGCAAAGUUCGCCCUUGGCUUUGGCGAUUUGGUUUACGUGCCCAAGAACAUCUAUUCCGUGGAUGACUUGCACACUCACAGACUCGAGAAUUUUCUGGCCGAGAUCGGCCGCAAUCCACAACGACUCGUGAUUCACGUGGAUAGGAGGCGGGACGGCAAGACCGCCAUCGCCUUUAUGUGA